AUGGGCCUGUCCAAAGAGGCAGCUGAGUGGUUCUGUGAUGCACUGAAGGGGCCCAGGGGUGAUGUGCGAACAACUCCGGAAUACCAGAAGAACAUUGGAAAUUUCCAGAAGUGGACCGGUAAAACUGCUAUCAGGUUAGAGCAAUGGCUGGAAGAAAACAAGGGAAGAUUCGCCUCCUAG